AUGACCAGUGAUGAUUGGAUUAAUGUGGUUGGAUAUACUUGGAUGGGUCCCCGUGGUUACCCUGGAGAAAAUGGCUAUCGCGGAUCACCUGGUUUGCCUGGCCCUGGGGGAGACGAAGGGCCACCCGGACCACGAGGGCCACCAGGGAUAUCACCCACUAACGUUGGUGAUCCAGGGAUUGAGGGACCCCAAGGGCCACCGGGUCAGCCAGGGCGAACUGGUCCACAAGGCCCUAGAGGAGACACUGGGGCUCCUGGCGCGGACGGCCCUCAGGGUCCGCCUGGAAGUGGGGUUGGCCAACCCGGGUGGAAAGGGGAAGGGGGAAGACCAAAGGAACCCCACAGAGCCAAGGGACCCGCGGGUGAGCGAGGGGAGAGAGGACACACCUCCAACUACAGCGUGAGAGGGACCAGAGGUGACCAAGGGGACCCAGGUCUUCGAGAAGCUGGACCUCAAGGAGAACGAGGAGAAGACGGUGACCCUGGGGUGGAGGGGUAUCCUGGACCCCCCGGGAAGGGCGAAUGCGGUGACCCCGGACGUGAGGGCAUUGGGGGCGGGCCAGGUCAACCAGGGUUAUUUGGCGAUAUAGGACUGACAGGUCCGCUCGGCCCAGCUGGCAGGAAAGGAACCCCAGGAGGUUUCGGCAAGCGCGGAGGCCCUGGGCGAGGAGGCGAUAGGGGCUUCCCUGGCUUGGAGGGCUUCCGCGGGGUCAAGGGAACCAGAGGGGAACCGGGAGAUCAAGGACGUACUGGGGCACCGGGAACACCAGGCUUCCCCGGCCCCCCUGGCGAACCCGGGGCCUCACGACGUCGGCAGGCAAGGAGUGUCAUUGUCACGCGUCACAGCCAGGAGUCCUACGGCCCCGAGUGUCCUUUGGGAGCGACGAAGCUGUGGGAAGGAUUCUCACUCCUGUAUGUGCUGGGGAACCACAGGCCUCACGGGCAGGAUCUAGGCGCGGCAGGCAGUUGCAUUCAGGAAGUUCAGCACGAUGCCCUAUCUCUUCUGCAACGUGAACAACACCUGUCAGUAUGCACAGAGAGGGGACUACUCUACUGGCUCUCGACCCCAGACCCCUUCCUUUCAUUUGAUGACGCCCGUGCGGGGGAAUGAGAUUGAA